AUGGGAUUUAGUAACACACUAAAUUUAUUUUUAAAAAGAAGAUUUUUAGCCUCCAAUAAUACAAAUGUAAAAAAUGAAUUUGUGUCUUCAUUAAAUAGGAAGGGAAAAAAUUUUCAAAAACGAAAUUUCUCAAAUUUUGCAUUUUCUAAACUUUUUAUUUAUUUUUGUCUUUCCCUAUUUUAUCUCUUGUUACUAAAUAUAUGUAUAUCUAAAAGAAAUAUCAUUUCAGACUUACAAUUAAGUAACGGAUAUUCCAGGAAACUAACUGAAUGUAUUUGUAAAAAAAAGAAAAAGAAAAGUGUACAACUUAGAUCAAGUUGUAGCAAUUCUGUGUGUUUAGAAGAAAAUGGCCAAGGCGAAAAAAGUGAUGAUGAAGUAAAUGGCCAAAGUAAAGAAGGAGAAGAAGAAGAGGAAGAGGAAGUAAAUAGCCAAAGUAAAGAAGAAGAGGAAGAGGAGGAAGAAGAAGUAAAUAGUCAAAGUAAAAAAGAAGAGGAAGAGGAAGUAAAUAGCCAAAGUAAAAAAGAAGAGGAAAAGGAAGUAAAUAGCCAAAGUAAAGAAGAGGAAGAUGAAGUAAAUGGCCAAAGUAAAGAAGGGGAAGAUGACAUAGACACUGAAUCGGGUAAAGUAAACUCACAAAAAAAAAACAAUAAGGAAAAAAAUUCAGAGCUAUUUGAACAGUUAAGUGAAGAAGAAAUAGAUGAAAUGCUUGAUGGAUUAGAUGAUAUUCCAAAUAUACAAGAUGUAUACAUAUUAUGGUGGCAACACCGAGGUAGCCAAAGAAAUUAUUUUCUUGAUUUAAUGUCAGAGUUAUCGGAUUUAUAUAAUUCCCUUGUAGAUAUGUAUAAUUAUAAUAAAAAAAAUUUAGAGAAGGAAUGGAAAAAAUGGUAUUUAGGAUUAUUAAAGGAUUUAACAGAUAAGGAAACUGAAGAUAAUAAAACAUUUUAUUCUUUAACUAAUCAAGGAGGAUUGACACGUGAAGGACUUGGAAGUUUUAUAAAUGAAAAUAAAGAAGAAUGGAAGGAUCAUAAAGAAAAUACGAGAAAUAAGUGGAAAGACAUUAUUACUACGGAUUUUAUGAAGAAGAAAUAA